AUGGCACCCAAGCUUGCUCUGGCCGCCCUUAUGGCUUUGCCUGCCCUCACCAUGGGAGCAGCAGUCCCAGACAUUGAAAGCCGUGGCAUCGAAAUCGUUGGCGGAAGCAAGGCUACAUCUGGCCAGUUCCCCUACAUUGUCAGCCUUACCACUGAUUCGACCCUCUGCGGUGCGGUCCUCAUCAACGCCAACACCGUUGUUACCGCCGCUCACUGCACUGUGGAUGAGUCUGGCAACACACUGGCCGCCUCCUCCCUCACUGUCCGCGCUGGAUCCCUUAAAUGGGCCUCUGGUGGCACGACCUCCAAGAUCUCCAAGGUCACCCACCACCCCAGCUACAGUGGUUCAACCACCGACUUCGACGUUGCCGUUCUGAAGCUCUCCACCUCCAUUCCUACCAGCAGCACCAUCGCCUAUGCCACUCUGACCUCAUCCGGCGAGGAUCCCUCUGGCACCAUCACCGUCGCAGGCUGGGGCCUCACAAGCGAGAACAGCCAGAGCAUUCCCGCAGAUCUCAGCUACGUCAAGGUCCCUGUCAUCGCCCGCGCCACGUGCGCCAAGGACUACAGCGAGGUCAACGCCAUCACAGACAACAUGUUCUGCGCUGGCCUCACCCAGGGUGGCAAGGACUCCUGCUCUGGAGACAGCGGCGGCCCCGUCAUUGGCUCUGACGGCAAGCUCGUCGGUGUUGUGUCUUGGGGUGUGGGCUGCGCUCGCGCUGGAUACCCCGGUGUCUACACCAGGCUUGGUAACUUCAUCUCUUGGAUCAACAGCAACAUCUGA